AUGUUGGACAAGCAGAGUCCGCGUCGUCGCGCAUCCCAGCCCUUCACCACCUCCAGGUCGAUCCAGGGAACGCUGCCACGUCCUUCGAGCUUUCUGCUUUCCGGCUUGAAAUCCUGGUCGAAGCGGACGAAACACGAGAAGAUGACUAAAAGGAAAGGUCGUCGUGAUAGCAACACCAACUCCACGCGACGCGUUAGCGCAGGCUCGGACGAGGACAUCGACGACAACGUCGUGGAGAUACUCUCCAUUCCUACUAAACACUCCACAGAUCACAGCACUGGUAACGAGACGGGUGACGCUGAAAUGUCCAGCUGGAAAAGUUCACUCCUCUGGAAGCGACUGGUCCCUAAAGCUCAAGCCGAAGCCAGCAAUGUCACCGUCAUGUACUCUAUCUCGUUCUACCCUUGGAAGAUGGAACCGCACUGCUAUUAUUCACACCCGGAAGCUGCAGCGAACUGGGUUCCGGAUACGGCAAGCCCUCGCUGUCAGAUUUGUCUAACAUCUUUCACACUUACGCGUCGACGACACCACUGUCGGUUGUGUGGACAUCUCGUGUGUGCGCACUGCUCUCACGACCGAACGUAUCUACCGUUUGCCGGCUCAGCUCCGAGCCAACAUCGACUUAUUAAGGACGGUGCGCCACAACGAACCUGUCGCGCUUGUGCCAGUACACUACGCAACAUGGCAGGACAAGACGAUCCCCGUGUAAAGCGAUUCACGGUAGCAGUCUGCUCGGCAGGUCGACGGAAACCCACUGCACCAAUCUCUUCGCGAUCGGUGGUUGAGGUGGAGGUAGAACGUCCGUCUCCGUGGUUGAGACGUACAGGGAUGGCACUUACAGACAGUGAGAUUGAGGACGAAGAGUUUUUUAUUGAGUCCACGAAGGCGUUGCAACUCGAUCAACGUUCUCGUGGAACUACACACCACUAUCCACUCCGUCUGUCCGUCACUAGAGCUGAAGAACUUGACGAGAUUUUGAGUGCACGAACAUGUUCGCAAAUGAAAGCAACAUUGAACCAGGAACCGAGUGGUAGGCAGUUUAUCAUCAGUUCAGCGUGGCUUGACCAGUGGUUACAAUAUGUCCGUGUGGAUUCAGUCAGCGAUACUGCAGGGUCUGGUGAAACCCGUCGUAGCACGAAGUACCGCAUGGCAAGACCUCCUCGACCUGGGCCUGUGGCCAACUAUGUUCUCCUUGACUUUGUCAACGGUGAAUUGAUGCCAAAGAAUAGCUUGAGACGAAGCCGAGGAAGUUACGGAGGAGGCGACUAUCACGUUAUUAGCCAAGAUGUUUGGAUGACUUUUCUGGAGCUUUAUAGCGGAGGGCCAAGCAUUCAAGUGUCUGUCAGUGAAGCCGAUACCAGGACGUCUGGUAUCCCAGGACGGCGACAGUGGAUCAUCACGGAGUUGGAUGAUUCAAUCCCAGCACUUGCGAACUCUUCGAAUGUUGAAAAGUUCUCCAGUGCCACAAGAAUGGGAGCUAAUAGCCGACACCGAACCGAGUUGAAAACAAUCCGCCACCGUUCUACCGAUUCGGAGCCCAGACCUCGUUCGUCUCAGGGAAACCGCUUGAUCUCGGCAUCUUCGAUGCCAUCGAUGGGGAAAAAGACAUCGAGUCAUUUCUCUCUGCGCAGCGAGUCUUCUCGGUCGAGCUCAUCUAGUCGGUUUAAAGUGUGGGAAGAAGAGAAUUCUCGAGCUAAUGCCGAGACGAUGGUGAGUGAGAGUUCUGAAGGGGUGGCGUCUACCCAGCGAAGCAGCGAACGUGAGUCAUGCGAUACGAGUUCAUCUUUGGCUGCAGUGUCGGUAUUCGCUUCAGCAGCCAAGUUGGCUCGUCAGCGCUCAGCUGUCUCUCUAUCCAAACAUUCUGCUUUAGGCCGAACGAAUGGCCUCGAAAUGGAUUGAAACCACAACAAUAGGCUGUUGUACAUCUGCAUGUAGCUACCAUUUAACAGAAAAGUAUAAGCA